UAGAAACCGAGCUCGGGACCCUGAUCAACUUCCCAACUUACUUUUGGCCCACUGCCACUAGAUAUCACAAAAAGUUCCGCUGCCAAGACCAUCUCGUGGUCUGCUGGCGCCGCAUGAGCAACUGACAUACCCUUUUCCUGAGGUGGAAGAAGUGGGUGGACUGUAAACGCUCACCAUGUUCUCCUCCGCUCGGUCGUGGAUUUUCUACACGGUGCUACUAACUAGCUCUUCACUCACCUCAGCCUUCUAUCUGCCAGGUGUAGCACCCACUUCCUAUGAUGAAGGCCAGAGCGUACCGCUAUACGUCAACCAUUUGACUCCGGGAUUAGCGCGGCAAGAUGAUCAAAUACAUUCUGUCUUCUCCUACGAUUACUACCAUCCCGCGUUUCGCUUCUGUCGCCCAGAGGAUGGCCCGAAAGAUGUUCGAGAAUCGCUAGGCAGCAUCCUUUUUGGAGACCGUAUCCGUACCUCGCCGUUUGAGCUGCACAUGGCCAAGAACGAAACCUGCAAGGCAGUCUGCGAUGAAGUGAAAUUCGACGGUCGCGCCGGGAAAUUCACGAACAGAAGAAUACUACAGGGCUACAAUAUUAAUUGGCUUGUGGACGGUCUUCCAGCGGCUCAGGCGAAUGUCGAUACCUUGACCAACACGGAAUUCUAUACUCCCGGUUUCGACCUUGGAUUGGUGGACGAGAAAGGGCAACCGUUCUUAAACAACCACUUCGAUAUUGUGAUCGAAUAUCAUCGUGUGGGACUCCCAAAGCAGAACAAAUAUCGCGUCGUUGGUGUCUUUGUCCACCCGGAUACAAGACGCGAUUCUAAGAAGCUUCCCGACGGCUCGGUGGACUGCGGAGAAGGUAGCGCACCUUUGGCCCUUAGCGAGGAUGGAGAGACAUCCGUGACCUGGACUUAUGGUGUAUACUGGCGCGAGUCACCAACCCCCUGGGCGACCCGUUGGGACAAAUAUCUGCACGUCAUUGAUCCCCAGAUCCACUGGCUUUCGCUUAUCAACUCUGCUGUCUUCGUCAUUCUACUCGUGGGAAUGGUCAGCAUGAUUCUUAUCCGCACGCUGAGAAAGGAUAUUGCGAGAUAUAACAGACUGGACGCGAUUAGCCUCGAUGACUUGGAUGGUACUUCCGCGGCCGUGGAAGAUGGUAUCCAGGAAGACUCGGGUUGGAAACUGGUCCAUGGCGAUGUUUUCCGGCCCCCUAAGUACCCGUUACUGCUCAGUGUGCUGGCCGGUAACGGGGCUCAAAUAUUUGUCAUGGCUGGCGUGACGGUCGCUAUUGCUCUGCUCGGCCUUCUAUCCCCUUCGAACCGUGGCUUCUUGGGCACCGCGAUCCUCAUUCUCUAUACCUUUUUCGGGUUUAUCGGGGGUUACGUCUCUGCACGUACCUAUAAGGCUCUAGGAGGAGAGGCAUGGAAGCGGAAUAUUAUCCUGACGCCUGUUCUGAUCCCAGGGUUUGUAUUUGCGGUUUUCUUCUUGCUCAACCUCUUCGUCUGGGCCCAAGGAUCUAGUGGUGCCGUGCCAUUUAGCACCAUGUUGGUGCUAGUGGUCAUUUGGUUUAUCAUCAGUGUCCCACUGAGCGUGGCUGGUAGCUGGGUCGGAUUUAAGCAGAAGACAAUUGAAGGGCCCACGAAGACAAACCAGAUUCCACGCCAGGUGCCUCCGAUGACUGGGACUCUUCGCACCAUACCUUCCAUCCUGCUUACCGGUAUCCUUCCAUUUGCCGCUAUUUUCCUGGAGCUCUACUUCAUCAUGAACUCCCUUUGGACCAGCAAGAUUUACUACAUGUUCGGGUUCCUCUUUUUGUGUUACGGGCUCAUGAUCAUCACGUGUGCUGCAACGACUGUUCUACUUGUGUACUUCCUCUUGUGUGCUGAGAACUACCGAUGGCAUUGGCGAGCCUUUGUCGGUGCUGGUAUGACCGGUGGCUAUGUUUUCAUCAACGCACUCCUCUUCUGGGCCACCCGAGUCAGUUUUGGAGGUCUGACAGGCGCUGUCCUCUAUGUCGGGUAUUCUGCGCUGAUUGGAUUCCUGGUGUUUAUCCUGACCGGUGCUAUUGGCUUCUUCGCCAGCUGGGCAUUUGUCCAGCGCAUCUACGGUUCUAUCAAGGUGGAUUAAACACAUGUUGACGAUCCGUGGUCUUUUUUUAUCCCUUUACUGUGUACUGCCUACAGUGCAGAGCGAGUCUGCGCAAUGGUCAUGUUGGCCUCUCCUCGAUUUCGGUAGCAAUGCGGAUGUCUGAACGGUUGUUGCUUUCUGGAUGCCUAGUCGAACCAGCAGCGAUUAGAUGCGUCUAGGAGACCUAACAUAACGAUGAAUUGCGGGUCAUGUUCGUCUUUCUGAAUGUGCAACUUACGAUGUGUGUUCAUAUAUCC